CGCGUAUAUGAGCUCGGAACAUUCAAAAAAUGAGUGGGAUAAACGACGAAACUUCUGCAAUAACUAAUGCUACCACAACAGAAGGGAAUCGAAUCUCAGGCACUAAAAGAAGUAACGAUGGAGGCGCUGGUGAACAAGAGUCGAGACCCAAACAGCGUACAAUCGCACAAUUGGAUCGUUCAACUUGCUCAGCUGGACCUUCAACAACUCAUCCAUCCACUACAAUCUUUGCACUAAACACCUAUUGCUGGGAUAUGAUACUGUCCUAUUUGAGCCUGAGUGAACAACUAUAUCUCGCCACCUCAAAUCAUCAGCUUAAAAUGCUUUUCGAAGCCCUGCAACAUAGGUACAAAAUCAUUGGAGAAAGCGACAUCGGAAGUAUCGGCGAAAUGGAACUGCAAAAACUACUGUACAUUGUCGGAGAGCACGUGAUCAGCUAUGAGUCGCCAUUGGAUCCGCAUUCUGGGCACGAUCAGCAUUUGUGGAUAUUGCGCGACUACUGCCCAAACCUGCGACACCUCAAAAUGUCUUUUCGACGCCCCCGAUGGAACCCUUUGUUGAAAUUGAAGAGUCUAACAUCGUUACAUGCUAGCCUGCACUUCACGGAUGAAGGUCUUUAUAAGGAUUUUAUAAUCAGCCUAAGCGAUUUGCCGCACCUGAAGAAAUUGAAAUUGGAGGCGACAUCCUACACGGGCGACGGACUACGUGCCCUAGAUAAAUUGGAGUACCUGGAGAUUGGCAACCAGCGUGGAUUUGAUGCGAGCAUUUUGGCCUCGUGCUGUAUGACAAUGAAGAAGUUGUGCCACCUUAACAUGGGUGAAAACACCGCCAAUCUCGAAGCGGAAGACUUUCGGGUAAUUGUGAGAAGGGGAAAAAAUCUGGAAAGUCUCGCCUUUUCGUUAAUACUUUUGGAAGGAAAUGUACCCUACGAUACUGUCCACCAGCUUCCCAAAUUGAAACACUUGCAGUUGUGGUAUCGGGACAAUAAAUUUAUCUCGAAAAGUUUCAUCGAGAAACUCAUUCAAAAACCGGGCACUCCGUUGGAAAGUCUAAUUUUGAUGGGAAAUACCCUGAAACUGGAAGAAGUAGAUGCUAUCUGCGAGAUAUCUUCACUUCGGGAGCUGUUUGUCUCAUGCAAAACAGAUGCAGCAAGAAGUUUUCUACGUCUAAAGCAUUUAGAAAUCUUGGACGUGAAAAUGUUAUAUGUUAGCAACGAUGAGUUGCUUGCGCUUCUGGAAGAAUGUGCUCUUUUAAACGUACUUAGUGUCCGGUUUGCCAGGGAAAUCACCUUUGAAUUUGUGUUAAAAGCUUUAAGUUUGUACAGUCACAGAAAAAUUAAAAUCUAUUUGCACGAAUCAUCUGUUGAUUGGAGCCUUAAUCUUCCGGUUCCGAAGGGCAAGAGGAACAUUCAGUUCAUUAACGGCUAUUUAAAGAGUCCCAUAUUGAUGAACAAAGAUACUAAUGAAUUAGAUUAAUUACAAACGAACAGCAUUUUUUGUUAGUUAAUAAAAAAACGUUUGACUUUCGCCAAAUAUUGCCUUACUAUAUUGGUAAUUAUUAUUUGACCCUGUAAGGUAUUUUAUGUAUAUUUCCAGAGCUGCUGGGGCCAACGAUAUUAUACAAUUGUGUAACUGCUAGUCGGUUGUCCUGCUACCUGGUCUCCAGGACAUCGAGAUCGCAAAGGUCAGCAUUUGUGUGCAGGAUCAGAAUGUUGGUUAGCUCAUUGUGUUCGUACUUCUUUGGGUUCCUAACUGAUUUAGUUUUUAGGCCGGCAGUUGCGAAAUGUCUCGUGCAAAACAAUGCAAAAUCCGAUACACCUUUUCUUUAUUUUCUUAGGGAGGCGCAGCUGCUCUAGAAAACAUACUCUUCCGUUCACAAAAUAAUCGUGGCAAGAGUCAUACAUACAUACAUGUAUGUACAAUGCUGAAUUAAGUCAAAAACAAUACAUAUUUAAUAGUUAUGACAAAUAUUUAAGCCACCACGUUAUGUUGUUAUAUUCUU